GAUUCAUUUGAAGAAAAUGAUAUCUAUCAGGAUUCGUUUGAAGAAAAUGAUAUCUAUCAGGAUCUAUUUGAAGAAAAUAAUAUCUAUCAGAAUCCAUUUGAAGAUAAUCAUAUCCAUAGUCAUGAUUUCUCAAAUGAAGAACUAGAUCCACGUUAUUUUUUAGCAGAAGAAGACUAUUAUUCUGAAGAAUCCUCCAAUUCAGAAUAUUUAAGAUCUGUAAAUGAAAAUAGUCCUGAUUUUACUAAUAAAAUACCAAAUAUGAAAAUCAUUGAAAUUAGUGAUUCCGAACAAGAUAUUACUAUUCAUAAGAAAGGAAAACAGUGA